AUGUACCACCAUCAUCGACCAUAUUUUAUUUUACUAUUACUUAUUUUCAUGACAACCGAAGCUGUACUACUUCUGUUUGAACAUGAUCAAUAUAAUAUGUCUGUAUCUGAAUCGACAACAGUUGGCACCAUUUUAUUAAGAAUUAAAGCCUAUUUCGUUGAUCAUUCGUUUCACGGUCAAAUAUUAUAUUCAUUACGUGAUGAUGAGACGAUAACAAACAAAUUUUUAUUGGAUAAAUAUGAUGGGAAGUUAUCUUUGAAAUCAAUGCUCGAUUUUGAAACAAUAUCGUUGUACACAUUUACAGUUGAAGCAAAAGUAGAUUCUAUGUUACCAUCGUUUGUUGAUGUAACGAUUUAUGUCAUUAAUGUCAAUGAUAAUGCACCCGAAUUAAACGUCCUUUUUUAUCCAUCUGUGUCAACUCAACAACCAUCGAGUGGUAUUACAACAAUUUUAUAUGAUCCAUUCAUUUCUUAUACACCUAUUUGCACAAUAAAUGUGAAAGACAAAGAUUAUUUAAGUGCUACAACGAUCAUUCAGACUAAUCUAACCGUACAUUUAAAUAAUACUGACAAAUUUCAAUUACAAUUGGUUCGUUUAGGUGGAUCGCGCAGUGGUGCAGAAGCCACUUAUAUUCUAUCGAUAAUCAAUAAUAAACAAUUUGAUAAAAAUGAUUUACUUUAUCUUUCAAUUGAUGUUUGUGAUAAUGAUGAACCACCAUUAUGGACAAAUCGUUCAUUUAUAUUUCAUUUAAUUCCAAAAUCAUCAUAUGAUUGUAAUCUUCUAUUUGAUAAACGAGAAUAUAUGAUCGAUGUAAAUGAAACAACACCUGUAUAUACUCUAUUAUUACGUUCAUACGAAACAAAUUGUCAAAAUUCUAAUAUUCGAUUUAGUCUGAGAAAUGAGAAUAUCUCUUUUCAUAUUAAUCAUCUAACCGGUGAAUUAUUUACAUCAAAACGUUUUAAUCGAACAAUUCAAAGUAUCUAUCAAUUUCAAAUUUUAGCUAAUGAUCGACAACGUCAAGCUACUGUCAAUCUUACUAUUCGAAUUUUAGAUAAUGACAAUCAUCAACCAUUUAUUCUUGGUAAAAAAUCUGUAUUAUUUAACCAUGAUAGAUUAAAAGAAAAUCAGAUUUUAACAAAUUUGAAUAUUAUCAAUUUUUCUAAUAAAAGUGAUUGUAAAUUGAAUCAAAAUAAUAAUUAUUUUCAAUUAUUAUCAAAUUGUAGUGUAAAACUACUGCCUAAUGUGAUACCGAUACCAGGCAAAUAUUACUUAAACAUUAUAUUAGAUCAAAGAUUUGAAGACAUGUUUCAAAUCGAAAUUAUUGAAAUACAAGAACGACAACAAAAAUUAUUAACAAAUGUAAAUAAUUAUUUAAAAUCACAAUUGAUAAUCAUUAUAGCUGCCAUAUUGGCCUUUCUUUUUAUUUCAUCGACAAUGUUAUUGGUGACGUAUUUAUUUAGAAGACGAUAUAAACAAAAAAUAUUAAGUAGAAUAAACGGACAUCCGACUAAGCAACGUACACUGGAUAAAUGUAUUAAUGAAAUCAAUAAGAAACAGAAAGCAACGGGAUCUGUCGGAAAUGAUCACAAUAAAUACGAGACUGCUAAGAAUAAACUACAAGUUCAUGAUGAUCAACAAGUAUCCAACGGUUCUGAUUACAAUUUAAAAUCUUGUGCAGCAAUUUAUUUGUUACAACGACAUCCAAUUUCUCCAUCGUCUCAUAGUUCUCACUCAGGAAACGAUAUUCAAACGCGUAGUAUUAGUACACGUCGUGAUUUUGACGAAGGUUAUGCGGGUAGUUCAGAACUCGAACUUUCGGAUGGUGGUUCUACUGAAAUACCAAUGAAAUAUUCUAACAAAACAAGUAAUAUUGAAGAAUAUCAAGUUUAUGAAUUUCAACAUCAAGAACAAAUAUCGAAAUCGAAGCGAGCAAGUUUAUCAGAAAAAACUGAUCAAUCGUUCGUACAACAUAUAAAAAAUAAUGCUAGAAAAAAUGUUGUUCAACCAAAUUCUAGAUUAAGAAAUGUAUCGAUUGUUGAUGCAUGUAUAUCGUCAAAUAUUUCACUUGUUUAA